CAUUUUGCGCAAAAAUCAUGAAAUGACAAUUUUCCCAGCGCUUUCUCAAUUUUUGUUGCAUUGUUGAAAGUAUGAACUUUACGAAAAUAACACUUAUCUAAAGUUAAAAAUUAUCGUUUUAACGUAAAAAUUAAUACUUUUUGAUGGCCUAUACAAAAAAUAUCGAGUCUCCUCCUUUUAGUCUUCAGACGCAUGCGCAUAGACAGUAAACAGUGCAGCAUGUCGUCCAGUGAGAGAAAGUGUAAUUGAUAGAUCUAGAAUUUUGACAGAUUCUGUGAGAAAAGAGGCCUUGUGUAACAAUCGUGUCAGCCUGUCACUAAGUGCCAUGUUCCACAACAGCCAAAUAACACAGUAUUAAGUGGAUGAGAAUUCCAAUGAGAGCAAAGCCCAAGAAUGUUCUUAUCCUGAUUCUCUGUGUCUGCUUAAUUCCUUUAUUUUGGAUCUCGCUCGUAACUAAGCAAAAUGUAUCACUGCCUGGGACAGAUUUUAGUGGACUGGAGGACAUACAAGAUAGGCUACAGGUAGCCGAGCAUGUCAACAAAAAGCGAGAGGAGGAUUUAAAAACACUUCGCAGUAAUUUUCUUCAAAUCCUAAAGAGUGUGCUUCAAGUGGCAAAUCAGACCAACAGGUCUAUUGCAGAUAUGUUUCAGACAGACCUGGCUGUACAGCUGAGCAACAUGAGUAAUAUUUCCUCCGAGAACUCGCUACAGCUCCCAAGUCUCUUCACCUAUCUCCCACACAUUGUUGGAAAACCCCAGAGUCUUAAACCAAGCUUUCAGCUGUCACAAAACAGAUAUGGAGCAAUGAUUGUGAUUGGAAUUCCAACAAUCCGCCGUGACAAGACGAGCUACCUACAGCAGACGGUCACAUCGCUGAUACAGGGCAUGACUAAUGAAGAGCAGAAGGAGUGUGUCAUUAUCGUAUUCGUUGCUGAGCCUGGAGAUCCUGAAUAUGUUAAAAAAGUAGCCAAGGACCUUGAAAAGCAAUUUCCUGAGUACUUAAAGAGUGGACUUUUAGAACUUAUUGCUCCUCCAGCUGAAUUUUACCCGGACUUUAAUGAUAUCAAACAAACUUAUGGUGACACGAAGGAACGAGUCAAGUGGAGGACGAAACAGAAUCUGGAUUUCUCCUUUCUGAUGAUGUACGCCAGAAGUAAAGCGGUUUAUUAUGUACAGUUGGAAGAUGAUGUGAUAGCCAAGCCAGGUUACUUCACCGUUAUGAAAACAUUUGCAGAACAGCAAAGUUCAAGUACCUGGAUAUUGUUGGAGUUUUCAACACUGGGUUUUAUAGGUAAAAUGUUCAAAUCCCGAGAUUUGCCAGUGGUGGUCGAAUUUUUCUUGAUGUUUUACCGGGAUAAACCUAUUGAUUGGCUGUUAGAUUACUUUCUAACUGUCAAAGUUUGCAACCCAGAAAAGGAUCACAAACACUGCAGCCGGAUGAAGCUGGAGAUGAGGAGGAGGUACAAACCCUCCCUCUUUCAACAUGUCGGGACACAUUCCUCACUGAAAGGAAAAGUCCAAAAAUUAAAGGAAAAAGAUUUUGGGAAGUUGUUGUUGCACAGGGCUCAUGUUAAUCCUCAUGCUGAACUAAGCACAACACUUAAAGCGUACCAAAAAUUCACUCUCCGAAAAGCAUACAUCGGAGAGGAUGUAUUCUGGGCCACCACACCUGCCAGGGGGGAUUUCUUUCAGGUGAAGCUAGAACCUCCAGUUUAUGUGGAAGAAAUUCUAAUUAGGACUGGAAAUCCCGACCACAAGAGUGAUAUUUUGCGGAAUGGAUCUCUGCUUGUGAAGAUGGAGGAGUCCACAAUGCCGUCCCACAUCUCGCAGAACACAAACUUCACGUUGACUACUACAGGGUUUUAUGUUGUGACGUCAUUUAAAAAUGGAUUGGCUAAUGUCAAAUUUGGUGAAGACAUAGGGAAAAUCCAGAGUAUCAGGGCUGCAGUGGAUGCUGACAAUGAAAAUUGGGUGAUAGUCAGUGAGAUCCAUAUUAAGGAGAGAAAACCAGCAACGAAAUCCACGAGAUAACAAAGGCCUCUCACAGUUUUCCACAUGAUAUGCAAAGAUAAACAAUACGGCCCAGUAUGGAAAGACCAACAUCUUUCCUUGGUGUGAGAAGAAGUGUCUUGCUAGAAUUAAAGUGUAUAGAAGUAUUCAUGAUACCAAAUUAAGAGACCACUGGCAACAGUGAUAUUAUCUUGUUUAACUUACUGUUUUGUCAUGACCUUUUCAUUCAAAAUACCAAAACUUGUUUCUUUAAUUUAUUGUGGUUUUGACCAAGUCUGUUGUUGGUUUAUAGAACACAGAAGUCGACCUACAUGUAUUUUAGGAUUUGCAGUGCUAUACAAAAUGGUUUUCAUUUUUCAAUAUACUUGUAUUUAGAACUGGUUUGGAAGAUGAAAUUAUGUAAUACAUACAGUAUACAUCUCUUUUUCUCUCUUUCAGAAUUAAAUGAAGCAAUCAUUACAUAAAGGCUAGGAAAUUAUUACUCUUUAAAUUUGCAGACACAACAGCAUUGAGUUAACUACAUUUUUCAAUUUAUUAAGGUGGCUCAUUACACCUUUUAAAAAGAGUUUCUCCAAUCAGCAUGAAGUGAUUUAGUUAUGAAUAAUAUGAUGUAUGAGAAGUACAUAUGUCAAAAAGGCAGAAAAUAUGCACUUUUGGAUGAAAAAAAAAUCUUUUUUUCACAAAUUUAUUUUAAUGAAUAUGAACAAAUGUCUUUAGAGGAUUUGAACUCUGAACCUGUUGGUUAUGAAACUAAUACCUUAUCCAUUGAGCUUUGGUGAUAGACAAAUCAAUCGAUGCAUUAAAGCUUUUAAAACAUUUAAAUUUCAAUGUUGUGACAUAGCGACAUAAAAAGUACAAGUCUUGGUGUAACAAGCUACCAUAAUGUAUUGAAAGGACAAUCACUUUAAAGAUUGUUUUUUAAAUUAAGAAGGUAUAAGUAAUUUGGGAAUUAACAGUGCUAGCCUAGCGAGUGAGGAUUUGGAUGCUGGUGAUGGUUUUAAGCAAGAUACAGUAUUUAAAUUCAAAACUACAUGUACUUAAGGUUGUUUGAGGAAAAAAGUUUUUUCAAGAGAAAUUUAUCUUUGUCUUCCUUAAACUGUGGAGUAUUGAGAAUUACAUUUUUAUGCAUAGCAUUUAAACAUUUGUCUUCACCCUUGUACCUCAUUUUCUCAAUUUAAGAGGUUUUUUUUGCAAAUUGUGUCAUGGAAAUUUGUACAAUGUUUUUAUUUAAUUCAUAUAUAUAUUACUGCGGAAUCAUUUUAAUUCGUGGGGGGCCAAUGUUCGUGGGUAAGCAAAAUUUUGCUAGUUUGUGGGGACGUUAUUUCGUGGGUAAGUGAUACGAUGUCACGAGGGGAGAUAACUCUACUUAGUUUAAAAAAAAUGUUGGAGGACACGUAAAUUCGUGGGUAAGAGUGACCCACGAAAUCCACGGACAUCAAUCUCCCACGAACAGUGAGGAUUCCGCAGUAUCAUUUGACAAUGGAGCUGCAGCAAUGAUGCAGUAACUUGCUUAUUAUGGCCAGUCACACAAUCUGUCUCUGGUCCUGCUGUCUUCCAAAAAUAAACAAGGAGGUAUUAGGUCACCUGAGUCACUCGGGUGAUUCAUUGUAAUUGAUCUGUGCCCGUCUUUGUGCGUUGUCUGUUGUCCGUUGUGCAUUAACAAUUGAACAUUUUUAACUUCUUCAUAACUACCAUUUCAAUUCUUUUCAAAUUUGGUAUGAAGCAUCUAUGGGACAAGGGAAAUAUAAAUUUUAAAUUUCAAGACUCCUGGGGUUGGGGCAAAAAUUCAAAAAACAUUCUUCUCUACAACCACACAUCUUUUAGAAAAUCUAAAUGCAUUGUCGUGUAGAGUAGAAAGACCUCUACCAAAAUUGUAAAUUUCAUUAUCUUGGGGUAGAGGUUCUUUCUCUAGGGCAGGACCAAGCUUGGUAUAUAGUUCUAUAUGUGUAAAACUUUUACAUAACAUCUUCAUUAAUACUAUUGAUACUAAAUUGAAAUUAUAUAGAUAUUUAGAAGGAGUAGGUAGUCCUUUACCAAAAUUAUAAGUUUUAUGAUCCCAGGAGUACAGGUUAUGGUUCCAGGGUGGGACCAAAAUUAUUAUAGCAAUUAUUUUCCUUAUCGUUUGGACCAUCUUUAAUUUUGCUGUUACUGUAGAAAAACUAAAUGCAUAUUUUAGAAAAGCAGAAAGGGAUGUACCAAAAUCGUGAAUUUUGCAACCCAAGGGUUCUGACUCUAGGUAUAAAAUAGUCAUAUAGUGUAAAUAUAAAAUAUACAUAUUACAUUUAUAAAGUCUUUCAUAAAUAUGGACACUUUUGGGGGCAUUUGUGUUUUUAAAAAAAAGCAUAUCUUGUUUUAUAUUGCUGCUGAAUAUUAGAAUUUUGCUUCGAUAUGCAGAAUGGAAAAAUUACUAUAGAUUUCAUAGCCCUUGGGCUACUGAUACUGUUAACUAAUACUCAGGAGACCGAUAAGGCCUGUAGCUCUCUUGUUCUCCUCGUUGGAUAAAUGUACAAUUAUGAUAUUCUACAUAUUCUUGCCCCUUAAUAUUAGUACCAAAGUUACAGGUAAAAUAUACAUCAUCUUCCCAUGUAAGACUUGGUAAACAUGCAUUUAUAGGACAUGUCGGUCAGCGUUCAUGCAAGCCUGAUGAUUAAAGAUGCAAUGUUUAUGUUUUUUUCGAAAGGAAAACUGUUAAUCCAAAGGAAUAUUGUUAAUUGAGUAAAUGAUUUGUGUAUGUAUAUUUAAUCGUUGACUGUUAGAAUUGAAUCGAGGAGAUUUUGACUUUGCAUGGGAUUUUGUUAUCACUUUUGAUUUCUCUUUAGUUCUGUUUAUAUAUGUGUUUGUGUAUAUCUUUGGUGUUAUUUACCACAGUAUAGUUUUAGCUAUGGCCAAUAGUAGAAAUGCACUUAAUAUUUUACUCUGGAACAUGAAGCAGAACAGGCACAUAAGUAGAAUAAACAUGGAUGUUGAGGGUCAAGGUCAUUUGUACAAGGCCAUUAGUCGAUAAAAAAGUAACCAAAAUCUAUGGAAAUUAGAAGUUCAUACAUGACUGAAAGGUUGAUAAUGACUGGAAAAUUUACAUUACAAGCUCAUAUUUGGCACAGAGUUCACAUGUGACAAUACAGUGUACAUGACUGCGAUCCAAGGUCAUUUGCCCAAGGUCACUGAUGAAAUAAAAAGUGGAGCUUAACCUUGUAAUGCAAAGACAUAAGAAGCUCAUUCUCAGUGGAAAGGUUGCCCAUGGCCAUGACUCCAGACCAAAUUAAAAGUCACUUGUAAAAGAAGUGGUUGUUCUAGGACAUCUUUUUGUAAUGCAGAAAAAACUAGUUGUGCCUUAAUCACAAAAAAUUAGUCUAACCAAUUCUUCCAGUUUCAAAGAUGAAUUUGUAACCAUCAUCAACAUGCUGCAAGUUUUUUUCUCUUAAAAAUCACAAGUGAAUUACUGUGUAUAAUAUCUUCCAAAAUUAUGAAAGGAAAUAGUUGAAAUUUCAGAUAUUAAUGGUUUGAUUUUAUCAUAUUUGAACCAGAUAUGACAAAUUUGUCCCUUUUAAAGACAUCUACAUUAGGGUCAGUUUGAAGUGGAUCUAAUAGAACAACACACACACACACCCCCCCCCCCCCCCCCCCCCCCCCCCCCCCCCCCCCCCCCCCCCCCCCGUGUGUGAAGUUUUAUCAGAGACAGAUAUUGUUCGUGUUUUUAGUUUUAUCAUUUUAAGCAGUUGGUUGUUGUGAUGGGUUGACCUAUGAUUUUUGUGUGGUUGUAUCAAAUUCAAUGCAGAAAUUAGGCUUGGAAAUAUUUAUUAUUGUUAAUAAGCAAGUUUUUAUAAAUUUUGUAAUGUAUGUGGUAAUAUCAAAUUUUAAGUGAUAAUGAAUGAUUUGAGCUGUUUAAAACAGCAUUAUAUUGAUGAGGAAGACAAAAUAAUUAUAUUGAGAUAAAAUCUUGUAGUUAAUUCAGAAAUAGACUAGAUGCAUGUAUUUUUCAUACCAUUAGAAAAAUUUACAAACCAUUCCAGCUGUCCAGAUUAGUCACUAUCACAAUCAAUUUUUAUCAAUUAAUUUAGAUCCAUAUUUUCUAGUAGUUUUUAUUUCAUGUGCAAUAAAUUUUGUGCCAUUGGUAAUUAAUUUUCUGAAGAUAGGUUUGUUUUGAUAUGAGAAUAUUGCUUAAUAUUAGGUCAGCUGAGUCACUUUGACUUAUCGCUGUCCGUGAUCAUCCGCCAUGCAACUUCAUUUGAAUUGCUAGGGAGCAGUUUUUGGGGGUAGGGGUACAAAAAUUGGGAAUUUCAUGAUCCCUGCCUAUUUGGGACCAUAAGAGUAGGUGUGAAACCUUUAAGAAUAGUACAAUCUUUAAAAAUCUUCUUCACUUCUUGGCAUCAUGGAACUAGGUGCAUAGUUAUCCAAAGCAUAAUCAUAACCCUCUACCAAAAUUGUGAAAGUUGUAGCUCUUGGGUUAGGGAUUUAAGUUCAAUCCCUGUCAAGGGCAGGGCUAUAUGGAUUAUACAGCGAAAUGUUUAGAUCUUUUCUUUUCUCCUGAACAACUGGGAAACAAACUGUGUGUAUUGAUAUAUUGAAAAUGUAGGCGCUCUGAAUAUUUUGAUAUGUUUGAGCCAGGGUAUCAGACUUCAGGGUAGGGCUUUAAGGAUCAUGUAGUGAAAAUAGUUAUUCAAAGCUGUAAAAAUUCCUCAGUAUUGGAUGUAUGGUGAUAAUGGGCAUGGAUGCCUCUAUCAAAGUUGUUAAACUCAUGGCCCCAGAAUCAGAUUCAGACCCCAGGGAAAUCAUAAAUUGAAAAUGCUUUUAAAAUCUUCAAAUAUGUUCUUGAAUUCUGAUUAUCUAGCACACAAACUGGGUGCAUACCUCUAUGUCUAUGGAGGCCUAUUCCAAAGCUGUGAAAUCCAUAACCCCCAAGGUUAAUGGUUCCAGCAACCCCAGGGUGGGGUUUCUAGACUCUUAACAGAAAAUGUAAUACCCCUAUAAAAAUAUAAAAAGAAUCUUUACUCCUGGACAUCUUUCUCAAUCUCAUACCUUGAGCAACACUUACUUAUGACCUGUUAGUUUGUUAUGACCUCUAUCAAGGUCAUUUAUCAAGGUCCCUAUGUUGUACAAUAGAAUCAGGAAUUAAAUAUCCUUUAUUUACUAUAGGGUCAUCCAGUUCUCGGAUUUUUAAAGAUGCACACUUGCACCAUCUACUCGCAAUAUCUUCAAUUUAUCUUUUGUGAUACCCAUGUGACUGUUUAGGCCCGCGAGGCCACUUGUAGUGUGUAGCUGCAGUUUUCAGAUAAAGUGGUUUAUAUAUUUGAUUGUUUCAUCUUUUAUCAUUGAAUUGUGAUUUAGUUAAUUGUUACCUGGGUUUGCUUACAACCCAUUCUUCUUUGUGUGUGUUUACAUUGUGCUGUAUUAACUGGCAGAAGAGGGUACUUUGAAAUGAGAUCAAGAAAUAUUUUGGUUGACGGUCAAAGCCCUAGAACAUACCCAUUGAAAUCUUGUUGAUUGUUUUUUUAGAACUUGGGCUGUGUUAUAUAGAUGGUAACCAAGUACUUUCCAUCCGAUACCCGGUUCAGUUGGAUGUAACUAAUAACUACAUCUAAAUUUUGUAAUGAAAAUGUUCUUUGUCAUUAAUAAAUCAAUCUUAUUCGC